AUGCCCGUACCCAUGCCCGUGCCCAUGCCCGUGCCCAUGCCCGUACCCAUGCCCGUACCCAUGCCCGUGCCCAUGCCCGUACCCAUGCCCGUACCCAUGCCCGUGCCCAUGCCCGUGCCCAUGCUCAUCCCCAUAGUGGGGCGACCCAACGUGGGCAAGUCGGUUCUCUUCAACCGCCUUGUGGGGUGCACUGCUGCUGCUGCUGCUGCUGCUGCUGCUGCUGCUGCUGCUGCUGCUGCUGCUGCUGCUGCUGCUGCUGCUGCUGCUGCUGCUGCUGCUGCUGGUGGUGGUGCCGCUGCUGCUUCUGAAGCUCACCAUAGUGCACGACGAGCCCGGGGGCGCGGAUCUGCUUCGUCCACGGCAUUGUUGGCACUGGCCAAGGCGGAUGGCGUUGCUGUCAUCGGUGGCGGCAGGCGAUUGGCUAACGAGCGGGCGGCGAAGGAGGCUGAGGUGGCGGGUCUGCCGGAGCUGAUUGGGCGGCAGGCUGCUGCUGCGGUGGAGGAGGCUGAUGCGAUCAUCAUGGUGGUCGAUGGGCAGCCUAGAGGUGGUGGUGGUGGUGGUGGUGGUGCUGCUGCUGCUGCUGCUGCUGCUGCCGCUGCGGUGGAGGAGGCUGAGGGCGUAUUCCAUGCUGGCGCAACAGCUGCUGACGUGGAGAUAGCUCAGUGGCUGCGGCGGCGCCACGUGGCGAGCAGCAAGCCAGUCUUCCUGGCAGUCAACAAGUGCGAGUCACCCACCAAAGGGCUCCUGCAAACCGCCGAGUUCUGGUCGCUGGGGUGA